CAGCUGCUGCAUCAGCCACCAACAACAAAACGUAAACAACUCGACGACGUUCCUUUCACACACACACAAGUUUUUCUUUUUUUAACUGGAAAGGAUUGUGUUGGGAAAAUAUAUAAAGCAUAAUAAUAUUGAAACUGUCGAGCCGGAAGGGGGUUUGACACGCGGAGGAAUUAUUAUUUAUAUUCCCUAGUUUUGUAUUGUUGUCGUCGAGGUCUUGCGUGAGAAGUGUGUGGACUGCGGUCUUGUUUUGCAUAAAACGAUGAGCAUGGAUGAUACGCGAAAGAGGGUGCAGGAUCAUUUGAAAAACAAAUGUCGUGUCGCGUCGAUGACGGUCCCACGUGAAUGGAUCGAUGGCUGUGUGGCCUUCUACAGGAACUCACACUCCAACACCAAUCUCAACGCUCUGCUGGAAUUUGUGGCGCAGCAGUGGUUCCUGGUGGACUUUGAGUCCAUCAAGCUCAGGUCGCUGCCCGUCAACUUGAGCAAGUCAGCCCUGGUCAACUUGAACGAGAACUAUGUUCUUCAGCUGAUGUCUGUCCUGAAUAUCGGCCAGUCUGCCUACUCCCAGCACACCAAAAUCACCCAGGGUCUGGACAACAACAGCGAGGUGUCAGCGGACAAGAAAAUCCCUUCCAAAUGGGAGCCCAAAGUCAGGAGGAUGCUUCGACUGGAGCUCACCGAUGGCAGUCAGAGCAUUCAAGCCAUAGAGUACAAGGCCAUCAAUCACCUGCACUUGGACUUGAUUCCCGGGACCAAGAUCCUCGUCAAGGGGCCAGUCGAGUGCCGACGAGGAGUGAUUCUCCUCCGCCCCAAUAGCGUCGAGCUGCUGGGUGGAGAAGUGAGUGAUUUGGUGCAGAAGAACGCUCCCGAGAACGUCCUGGCCCGUCUCAUUGGCAAGCCAGAGAACGCUAACCCGGUCUACGGCAGCUACACGGAGCAGACGGCGGCCAUCAACGACGUCGAACAAGAUGGAGACGAUGAAUUCUCAUCCGCCAAAUGCAGCAGCAGCAAGGAGUCGAGACUGGCAAACGCCCACCAGCGCAAAGGUGGCGGCGGCGGCGGAGGCAAUUGCGGAGGGCCAGCCAAUCUCAAUCACCGUCAUCAAGGUCCGUCGAGCGUCACCGCCAGAGGAAACACAACAACCACAACAACAACCAACGUGAAAAGAGAGAAAAAAAGAAGUUUGGACGAUUGCGACCAACAGCAGCACCCAGACGACAAAGCAUCCGGCAGCUCUAGCUCCUAUCCGCCGGCCAAGAAAAUGGUGCAGAACGUGAAGAAAGAGGAGCAGGAUCUUUUCCCGGAUGAUGACGACGAUUACAUUUUCCACACAGCGGUCGCCGUCGAAGAAGAAGAAGAAGAAAAGGAAGUGGACAUGUUCCCGGACGACGAUGAUGACAUCCUUUUCACGGACAUGAGCGGUCCUCCCGCCGUCCCUACGGAGCCAACCACCGCAACAACAACAACAACAAGGACGAGGACAGAACAACAAGGACAACAUCAAGUUAAAAUCAGUGGGACUGCUGCUGCUGCUGCUGCCCACACAAUUGAAAGGCCGUUCACAUAUUUAUCGAGUCACCUCCGCAAGAGGGCCAGCAACGUCAAGUGUCAACAGGAAUCCAUUUGCGUCAAGGGGUUCGUGUCGACCAUCACGGGCAAGUUGGCGGCGACGAAAUCGGAGACGGGCGUCAGCCAUUGGCAACUAUCGGCCGUCAUCAACGAUGGAUCGGCCGGAUUGAAAGUCGAUUUCAGUCCACAAGUCCUGGAGGAGCUGAUUGGACAUUCCCCUGCAGCGCUGAAAUCAAUGAUGGCCGUCGUCGGUGACGACAACAAACGCCGAGGACUCGAAGUUUUGGAGGAGGCCAAGCAGAAAUUGAUCCGAUUGAAUUGCCUGAUGCACAUCCGCUGGCCAGCAGCUCCUGAUGAUCCGGAUUGUGCUAGCAACGUCAGUAGCAGUAGGAGCAGACAAGUCGGAAUUCCGGCCACAAGCCAUAAGUUGCCCGUCGUCUACCGUUUGGAGGACAUCGAGCGCCGACAUCUCGAAAUGUUACAACUUUUGUGAUUGGUUCAACACACACACACACACACACCCAGCCUCUACAGCCACCCACCCCAGCCAGCCACCCAUCUCUACUAGCACUUAGCGCCCCGCGCUACGAGCUCUUCCAUCAGAUCAUAAUGGAAAGAAGAAGACGGAAGAAAAAAAGGAAGAAGGAAAACACAUCAAGAAUGGGAAGGCGACGACGAUAGAAAAAAAAGAAGAGCUGCAGCUCCCUCCCUGUGUGUGUAUCUACACACAUAAUGUGUGUGUGUGUGUACCUGCUGCUGCCAGAAACAGCUGGAUCGAUCGGUUUCGGCUCUCCCCGAGUUUCCUUCUCAUCUUCUUCUUUUCCCUCCUUGUAAAAACAAAAAAAAUUCGCCACCUUAUACGAGACACAAGUGGGAGCGGCUGUCUAAUAUAAUACUGAGACUACA